AUGGGAAAUGCGCGGACAGACACCUAUCUGUCUUUUCUUCUCUGCAGGCUGGCGUGCUCGCUGUGUAAAAAAGGAGCCAAAAUGGUUCUGUUUGAUGUGACUCCUCCACCUGGAGACGUGCCAGAGGGCAUUGUAUUCCUGAAGGGGGAUAUCUGUGAAUAUGCACAGGUUGAGAGGGCCGUCUCAGAUGUCGACUGUGUGUUCCACAUUGCCUCAUAUGGCAUGUCCGGCAGAGAGCAGCUAAACCGGCGUCUAAUCGAGGCGGUGAAUGUUCAAGGCACGGAGAAUAUUAUAAAGGCCUGUGUGGAGAAGGGAGUUUCCAGGCUGGUUUACACCAGCACCUUCAAUGUGGUUUUCGGGGGCCAAGUUAUCGAGAAUGGGGACGAAAGUCUCCCCUAUCUACCUCUUCAUCUUCACCCUGACCACUACUCCAGAACUAAGUCCGUGGCUGAGAUGGCAGUGAUGAAAGCCAACGGUACUGUGCUACAGAAUGGCGCCGGGGUGUUGAGAACCUGUGCACUGCGACCAGCAGGCAUCUAUGGACCUGGGGAGCAGAGGCAUCUUCCCAGGAUAGUAAGCUACACAGAGAAGGGAAUCUUCAGGUUUGUUUAUGGAAAACCCAGCAGCCUGGUGGAGUUUGUUCAUGUCGACAACCUGGUGUCAGCACAUGAGCUGGCUGCGGAGGCCUUGACCCCAGAGCACGAGCACCGCUCAGCUGGCCAGGCCUACUUCAUCUCAGACGGCAGACCCGUCAACAACUUUGAAUUCUUCAGGCCUCUGGUGGAGGGCUUGGGCUAUCCGUUCCCCAAACUGCGUUUGCCCAUCUCUCUCAUUUACUUCCUCGCAUUUCUCACUGAAAUGGUUCAUCACCUCGUCGGCCCCCUCUAUAACUUCCAGCCGCUGUUGACACGCACAGAGGUGUAUAAAACUGGUGUGACACAUUACUUUAGCAUGGCAAAGGCCAGGGAAGAGCUUGGUUAUGAGCCCAAGGAGUAUAAUCUCGAUGAGGUUGUGCAGUGGUUCAGAAGUAAAGGCCAUGGGGGAAAAAAGCCACAAAGCUCACUUAUUGGGCGUUGGCUGAUAGACAGUCUGUUAGUUGCUGCCUUUGUUGCUGUAGCUCUUUCAUACCUUCCAGUUGUUGGCAAUUAA